CGUACUGGAAAGAGCUUAAGGUUUAAUUAUAAGAACGAUGGAGCUGAGACAAGUUUGCUGGUUGGUUCUUCAGCGUACUCAAGAUCAAGAAAGGACCGAAUACCUGUUGCCCGGUUUGACUUUUCAAGACCACGCCGCGUAAAUGCAAUUUUCCCGCGUUUGUAUAUGUUUGCCAUUAUUUAAUUCCUGAGGGUUCAUUCAGUCUUUGCCAGGAAAUAGAGAUCCAAGGAUUUGUAUUAAUUUACAAACCAGUACAGCCAAGUCGUCGUCCUCCCACAGCCCUUUUUUUUUUCUAGAAAAAUUUCUACAAGCAUUUAAUCUAAUCGGCUGUUCUCCAUUCCACAUUCUCUGCAACAAUUUCUGAUAUCAAUUAUGUGGAUCUACGUCUUCCUUGCACUGAUCCAUCUCUCCGUUCUCCUCAUCCAGAUCAUCCUCCAUUUCACUCGCGACCGUCCGCAGGCGGCGGCGGCGGCGGCGGCGGAAUCCAAUUCAAGUGAAGUCGUCGCUGCCGCCGUAGUCCCCGUGGUGUACAAGUACGACGUGUUCCUGAGCUACAUGGUAGGGGACACGGGGGACAAUUUCACGAGCUAUCUUUACGAGGCGCUGCGGGGGCGGAGGAUCCUGACCUACAUCGACGACGUGAGCCUCCGGCGAGGGGAGGACAUCUCGGAGUCGCGGCUUAAGGCGAUUCAAGAAUCGAGGAUGGCGGUGGUGGUGUUCUCGAAGAAGUACGCGAAUUCGGAGUGGUGCCUGGACGAAUUGGUGGAGAUCCUCCGGUGCCGGAAGCGGCACAAUCAGGUGGUUUACCCGGUGUUCUUCCGGGUGAAUCCCGACGAUGUUGGGGAACAAAAAGGGAGCUACGCGGCAGCGAUGAAGAAGCAUCGGAAGUCAUCGUCGGCGUUGACCAGAGGGAAAGUGGAGACAUGGAGGGAAAAGUUGGAGGCGGCGACUAAUAUCUCCGGCUGGGAUUCACUCGUCAUUAAGGCAGAGGCUGAAUUAGUGAAGAUAGUUGCGGCAAAUGUACUAAGAACACUGAAUCAAAUGUCCCCAAUCCCUCAAUUCACCGGCUUAGUGGGAGUUGAAUGUCGAGUUGAGAAGAUCAAAUCCUUGCUAAUAUUAGAUUCAUCGCCAUUGGACCUCACACGAAUCAUCGGAGUAUGGGAGAUGGGCGGCAUGGGCAAAACCACUCUCGCCAGAGCAAUUUUCGAUCAACUGGUAACCCAGUUCGACGGUUGCCACUUUCUAGCAGAGGUCAGACAAAAGUUGGAAGUUACAACCGAACUUCGACUCCAGCAACAACUCUUCUCGAGCAUACUAGACGAUCAGACCUUCACUACUUUGACCACGCUUUCAAGAAAUCAACUUCGGCAAAUGAAAGUCCUCGUCGUGCUCGAUGACGUCGAAGAUUCAACAAUGUUGUAUAACUUGUUGGACAAGCAACCACAUACUGUGUUUGGUCGGGGAAGCAAGAUUAUAGUUACGAGCAGAGAUCACCAAGUACUGAUGAAUGAAUGUGAUGAUAUCUACAAAGUUGAGGGGCUGAAUGAAGACGAAUCGCUUCAACUAUUUUGUUCUAUUGCCUUUGCACAUACCGAUGAUCCGCCGAAAGAGUUCAUUUUGAUGUCGAGGAAGGUCGUAUCAUAUGCGGCUGGCAAUCCAAUGGCUCUAGUAGUUUUUGGUAAAGCUCUGAAAGACAGGAGCAAGGAAUAUUGGGAAAGCACACUAUUCAGACUUCAGCGAAUACCCAACGAGAGAAUUCAGAGGCUAUUGAAGAAAAGUUUUGAAGGUUUAGAUUCAGAUCAGAAGAAUGGAUUUCUUGACAUUGCUUGUUUGUUCAGCGGAGAGAGCAAGGAGUAUGUGAAGUUGAAAUUGGAUGGGAGUUAUGGCUAUGGUUCGUCAGAGUACAUCAUGGCUUCACUUGUAGACAAGUCUCUGGUGAGAUUUUCUGGCGACGAUGGGGAGAGAGUUGAGAUGCAUGAUUUGGUGCAGGAAAUGGGGCGUGGGAUUGUCAACGAGGAAUCUGAUGAAGACGAUGGUGGUGGUGUGCAAGUUGGAGGAAGAAGUAGGUGUUUUUUGCCGAAUAAUGUCUCUCCUCUUAUGAUCGAUGAUGCUAAUUAAUAGAUAUUGUCAUAUCAUGUGAACAAUGAUCCCGUCUAUCAGUUAUAGCUAUUUUUAAUUGAAUUGAGCUAAUUUGUUGUUGUUCAUAUAAAAGGGCAAAUUGAAGUUUACUAUGAUUCAGAUUUUUUUUUUUGACAAAAGAUAAUCAUAUAUUGAUACAAAAAUAGGCAGUUACAUCCUGGAACACAGCCAGGUCUGGAAAUCAAAGAAACGACUCGUAGUCGGGUACAAAGAAAGGGCCUUCCUAGCUACCAAGUGAGCUACCCUAUUGUUUCGCCGACCUACAAAUCGAACACUAAGUCCUGCAUGAGCCACCACCAAAUUGCUGACCUCUUCCAGAAUGGGUCCCAUUCGGCUAUCUGCACUUUCACCCCUACUGAUCUUCUCAAUAACCAGUUGGGCAUCACCUUCAAAGCGCACUGCAGAAAAGCCAUGCCCAAGGCACCAUAAGAUAGCCUCCCUUAGCGUCAGAAGUUCCACCACCAUUGGGUCAUCCACCCCCGGGAAAUGAACCCCAUUCACAAGGAGAACCUCACGGGUCGGAGUCAAGAGAACCAUCCCCCCUGUCGAAUGAGAGCCAACCCUCACCGCCCCAUCCCACAUGCAAAUUGCCAAGGCCGGAUCCCCCGCACCACUUGAGCCAAACAUAGUGGGAGGCCCGGGGGUAGGGUCCUUCGGAAGGCUAGCCCAUUCAUGCACCUGUUGGCGGAAUUGACGCAUCAAGGCUGCAAUCUCAAACUGUUUUCCUUCAAAAACCACCCAAUUACGCGAUCUCCAAAUCCUCCAGAGGACAGCAAUCACUUCCAUAAACUGAGGCUUCUGGUCCACUAGAGUCAAAACCUUCUUCAAAUAGAGGGGGAGGGGGGGGGGGGGGUAUGCCGCGGCAAGCCCUCCCCUAGGUGAGCCAAUCCAGAAUGAUCCCAAACGGCACGAGCAAUUAUGAAAUCAAGGAACAUAUGCUCCAUUGUUUCAGCACUGGCCCAGGAAAUGGGACACCGGGGAUGAACAUCUACCUGCUUUUCAAUUAACGCCUCCGUCGUAGGCAGAAUUCUUUGAUAAAUCUGCCACACGAACACUUUCAUUUUAGGAGGUAUAUAUGCUUCCCACAGUCGGAUCCAACUAGCUCGAUCCAUCCAACUAAACGUGGGCUUCCACCUGCCUCGCUGUUGAUCUCGAGUGACCGCCAAAUGGUAUGCUGACUUAACAGUGAACACACCAUCAGAGGUGGCAUGCCAGACCAGACGAUCCUCUAUAUCUUGACGAGGCAAAGGGAUCGCCCUUAUCGCCUUACAGGUCAUGGGAUCAAACCAUUGCCUGAGCUUACCCUCACACCACCUUACCCUCCCCAUGUUGAAUUACCUCAGCUACCCUUAGCUCCACCCCUUCCUCCAUCACACGGGGGUUAAACCUGGGGGGGGGGGGGGGGGGGGGGGGGGGGGGGGUGUGGGUUGGGUGUAGCUUCGGUAUCCAACUGGACGUCAAGAGGGUGGCCUGACGGCCAUUACCAAUAUGCCAUCGGAGCUCCUCUGUCAACAACUCUCGGCCAUGGAGGAUACUCUGCCAACCCCACGAAGGUCUAGACCGAGUUGUUGCUGAAAGGAAAGACCCCCGCGGGAAAUACUUCCCUUUGUAGACCUGUGCAAGGAGAGAAUCAGGGUCAUUUAAAAUGUGCCACCCAACUUUAACUAGGAGAGCCUGAUUAAACUUUACUAUGAUUC